AGCCACCCCACACCGGAACCGGGAAGCACCUGCAGUGCGCGGGCAUGGCGGGGCCCGCCUGGGGCCCCCCGCGGCUGGACGGCUUUGUCCUGACUGAGCGCUUGGGCAGCGGCACGUACGCCACAGUGUACAAGGCCUAUGCCAAGAAGGACACCCGCGAGGUGGUAGCCAUAAAGUGUGUGGCCAAGAAAAGUCUGAACAAGGCGUCGGUGGAAAACCUCCUGACUGAGAUUGAGAUCCUCAAGGGCAUCCGGCACCCCCAUAUCGUGCAGCUGAAAGACUUCCAGUGGGACAGUGACAAUAUCUACCUCAUCAUGGAGUUCUGUGCAGGGGGUGACCUGUCUCGCUUCAUCCACACUCGUAGGAUUCUGCCUGAGAAGGUGGCUCGGGUCUUCAUGCAGCAGUUGGCUAGUGCCCUGCAGUUCCUACACGAGCGGAACAUCUCUCACCUGGAUCUGAAGCCACAGAACAUUCUUCUGAGUUCCUUGGAGAAGCCCCACCUGAAAUUGGCAGACUUUGGCUUUGCACAGCACAUGUCCCCAUGGGAUGAGAAGCAUGUGCUCCGAGGUUCCCCACUCUACAUGGCCCCCGAGAUGGUGUGCCAGCGGCAGUAUGACGCCCGUGUGGACCUCUGGUCUGUGGGGGUCAUCCUGUAUGAGGCCCUCUUUGGCCAGCCGCCCUUUGCCUCCAGGUCGUUCUUGGAGUUGGAGGAGAAGAUCCGGAGCAACCGGGUGAUUGAGCUACCCUCUCGACCCCCACUGUCCCGAGACUGUCGGGACUUGCUUCAUCGGCUCCUGGAGCGGGACCCCACCCGUCGCAUCUCCUUCCAGGACUUCUUCGCCCACCGAUGGGUGGACCUGGAACACAUGCCCAGCAGGGAGAGCCUGGAGCGAGCGACGGCUCUAGUGGUGCAGGCUGUGCAGAAGGACCAGGAGGGGGAUGCCACGGCCGCCUUGUCGCUGUACUGCAAGGCACUGGACUUCUUUGUUCCUGCCCUGCACUAUGAAGUGGAUGCCCAGCGGAAAGAGGCAAUUAAGGCAAAGGUGGGGCAGUACGUGUCCCGCGCCGAGGAGCUCAAGGCCAUCGUGGCAUCCUCCAAUCAGGCCCUGCUACGGCAGGGGACCUCUGCCCGGGACCUGCUGAGAGAAAUGGCCCGGGACAAACCACGCCUCCUUGCUGCCCUGGAAGUGGCUGCAGCUGCCAUGGCCAAGGAAGAAGAGGCCAGUGGGGGCGGGGAGCAGGAUGCCCUGGACCUUUACCAGCACUGCCUGGGGGAGCUGCUGCUGCUGCUGGCAGCUGAAGCCCCAGGCCGGCGGCGGGAUCUGCUUCACACAGAGAUUCAGAACCUCAUGGCUCGGGCUGAGUACCUCAAGGAGCAGCUCAAGAUGAAGGAGUCCCGCUGGGAAGCAGAGGGCCUGGACAAAGAGGGGCUUUCUGAGUCCGUGCGGAGCUCUUGCACCCUGCAGUGAUCGAGGACAACUGGACAGAGCUUGGGCAACCUGGAGUGCAGGGCACACCAGGAACUCAGUGGCCCUAUGUACUGUGGAGCUUCCUGGAUGGACAUCUCCAGCCACAUCCUGUGGCCUGUGUUGUCUGCUGGAGCCCCUGGCCAGUCUCUGGGAGAAGAGGGUCCCUUGGGGGACCCUUGCCAUUUAGUGACUCCUGAGCUCUGUGCCUGUCACUUUUGCUCUGAGAGGAGAGGAGGGCCGGGCCUUUUAGCUCCAGCCUCUCUGCCAGCAGGCAGCCACUCCCUGGGCCACCCUUUCUGGAUGCUGUUAUUCCAGCGCGCCCCCUUCACCCGAGUGGGGCACUCAGGGACCCCCAUCAUACGGCGUGCACUCUGUUGGGGCUCACACCUACUCCUGCCUCAGUCCUGUAAGACCACUUUUCCAGCCUAACAUCAGGUCCUUUGUAGAGUGACUCAGGGGCAAGGUCCUCAGUCCUUAAACCUCUCUCUCUGGAAACCCCACGUCCACUAGCCCCUGAGCUAGGAGGUGUGGGAACUGCCUAACCCUCCCUGAGACUGCAGGGGACCCAGUGCAGACCAGCUACCUGGUUCUAGGCCUGACACUGCUGUGUCGUGUGUCGUCCCCCCCCCCCCCCCCGUGUGACUGUGGGCUACCCUUUCUCUUUCUGGGCUUGGAUCUCCAUCUCUGCUGGGCCCACUGAUAUCUCUGCAGCCCAUGCAGCUCUUUUUUUAUUUUAUUUUUUGUGGAACUGGGGAUUCAACUCAGGCCCUUGUGCUUGCCAGGGAAGUGCUUAUUCUACUGACCCAUCUCUCUGGCCCGCCAUGCAGCUUUUUUGAGGAUGGUAAAUUUACCCUGGAAACAAAUGUGCAUACUGAUGGGUUCUUGUUAAAAGGUGGAGAGGGUAUUGGUAACUCCAAACCUCUCUGCCUUCAAACACCGCCUUAGAUGAGGAGUCCUGUGUCUUCCUGCUGGAGGUUGGGUAUAAAGAAUGCAAUUUGUUGUUUCUCUAUUAAAUUAUUUUCUGUACUUGUA